CAAUUUAUGGACAUUGUAGUUUCAGACAAAACGUAAACAUUAGUCAAAAAUAAUAUCACUGGAAAUGGCGCAAACGGAACCCGUAGCAGCAAAGCGCGCCAAACUGGAGACGAAACAUAAAGCCGUAUUGGAAGACGAUGAGACGCCUUCGGUGUUCAAUCCCAAGUAUCGCGUCUGCCCCUAUCUGGACACAAUCAAUCGCAAUCUGCUGGACUUCGACUUUGAGAAGCUGUGCUCCAUAUCGCUGACGCGAAUAAACGUUUACGCCUGCCUCGUGUGCGGCAAGUAUUUCCAGGGGCGUGGCACCAACACACACGCCUACACACACUCGGUGGGUGAGGCGCAUCAUGUGUUCCUUAAUCUGCAUACGCUUCGCUUCUACUGCCUGCCGGACAACUAUGAGAUCAUCGAUAGCUCGCUGGAUGACAUCAAGUAUGUGCUGAAUCCGACAUUUUUACGCAACGAGAUCAGCAAAUUGGAUAAGGUACAACCGAAGCAUUCGCGCACCGUUGACGGCAUUCUGUACCUGCCUGGUGUGGUUGGCCUCAACAAUAUCAAGGCGAACGACUAUUGCAAUGUGGUGCUCCAUGCCCUGUCGCAUGUGGGUCCAUUGCGGGAUUACUUUUUGCGUGAGCAAAACUAUGCGGCGAUCAAACGGCCGCCGGGUGAUUCAAUGUUCACGCUGGUGCAGCGAUUCGGCGAACUGAUGCGCAAAAUGUGGAAUCCUCGCAACUUUAAGGCGCAUGUCUCGCCGCACGAGAUGCUGCAGGCGGUUGUGCUGUGGUCCAGCAAACGUUUCCAAAUCACCGAACAAGGUGAUCCCAUUGAUUUUCUCUCCUGGUUCCUGAACACGCUGCAUCGCGCCCUUAAAGGCAACAAGCAGCCAAACUCGUCCAUAUUGUACAAGAUAUUCUUAGGUGAAAUGAAGAUCUAUACCCGCAAAAUUCCGCCCGUUGAGCUGGACGAUUCCGCCAAGCAGCAGUUGCUCGCCACUGAUGAGUACAAGCAUCAGGUGGAGCACACGAACUUCAUAUAUCUGACCUGCGAUCUGCCGCCGCCGCCGUUAUUCACGGAUGAGUUUCGGGAGAAUAUUAUACCGCAGGUGAAUUUGUAUCAGCUGCUGGGCAAGUUCAAUGGCAGCGCCGAGAAGGAAUACAAAACGUACAAGGAUAACUUUAUGAAGCGCUUCGAGAUAACACGACUGCCCCAAUUCAUAAUAUUGUACAUCAAGCGAUUUACCAAGAACACAUUCUUUCUCGAAAAGAAUCCCACCAUUGUUAACUUUCCCAUCAAAAAUGUGGACUUUGGCGACAUUCUGGGCAUGAAGCAGCGCGACAAGGCGCUCAAGGAGACCAAAUACAAUCUGGUUGCGAAUAUUGUGCACGACGGCGAUCCCAAGAAGGGCACCUAUCGCGUGCACAUACUCCACAAGGCCAACGGACAGUGGUAUGAGAUGCAGGAUCUGCAUGUCACCGAAAUACUGCCACAAAUGAUCACACUGACCGAAUCCUACAUACAAAUCUAUGAGCGCAGCGGCGAGCCCUAGUCUUAAUUGUACAUAUACAUAUAAUUGUAUGCAGGCUUAAAUAUUAAA